AUGAUUAAGGAUAUGAUUGACAAGCAAGUCCUGGAGCUUAAAAAGCUCUGGGCUAACAAACGCCAAUUGCUAUUUCAACUUUUGAAUUUGGCAAUGAUUGUAUUUUCGGCAUUGAUGAUCUGGAAGGGUCUCAUGUUUUUGACAAAGAGUGAAUCCCCAGUCGUUGUGGUAUUGUCAGGAUCCAUGGAACCUGCCUUUCAAAGAGGUGAUAUUUUGUUCUUGAACAAUGCGGUGGAACAAGUAGGAGUCGGUGACGUUGUCGUCUUCAAAAUCAAGGAUCGAGAUAUUCCCAUUGUCCAUCGCAUCCUCAAGGUUCAUGAAGAUGAAAAUGGCAAGGUCGAACUCUUGACCAAGGGAGACAAUAAUCGAGUAGAUGAUAGAGGCUUGUAUGCUCCUGGACAACUGUGGCUGGAGCGAGAGGAUAUUUUGGGCAAGGCCGUAGGUACCCUGCGGUAUGUGGGUAUGGUGACCAUUGCCUUGAACGAUUAUCCCGUAUUGAAAUACGUCCUAGUGGGGAUGAUGGGACUCUUUGUUUUGACUAGUAAAGAGGGCUAA